AUGAAGUUCCGAACCCUUCGUGAGCUCGGCCACGACGAGCGCUCAGUGACUCUCGUUGGCAACCUGCAUAGCCAGAGCGAGCACAAUCCCCAUCUUCGCGGGACCGACAUUGUCCUUGUGCCCGCUCCUUCUAACGAUGUCAAUGACCCCCUUCGCUUCCAUACUUGGAAGAAAUGGACCAUCUUCGCCAACACCAUCUGCUUGACCUUCGUGUGCAACUUCUGGCUGGGCGGGUUGGUUCCAGCAUUUUACCUCCUGACUCAGGAGUUCAACAUCAGUGAGUCUCAGUCGACGGGACUCUUGACAUGGCCACUGCUGGCUGCUGGACUCUGUAACUUCUUCUGGGUGCCCACCGCCGAAUAUCUGGGUAGACGGCCUGUGUUUGUGAUCUGUUCCAUCAUGACUUUCGCGUGCUGCGUCUGGGCCUCGGUCGCCACAUCGUAUGCCAGUCUGCUGUCCUCCAGAACCAUUGGUUCAUUUUUUUCGUCUUGCCAUGAAGCUCUUGGGCCGGUGAUUGUCAAUGAUAUCUUCUUUUUGCAUGAAAGAGCCCAGAAAGUCGCGUUCUUCGUGCUAGGGAUUUACGGCGGUAACUCUCUCGGAACCGUGGUUUCAGGUUUCAUCGUCCAAGGCGUUGGCUGGCGAUGGACUUCGGGCGUCAUCGCCAUCGUUGCGGGCAUCAACAUGACCACCAUCUUCCUCUGCUUCCCUGAGACAAGAUACAAUCGCUCGCUCGAUUCCGUAGCCACCCGAGUAACAGCACCGACACAUACCCAUGCAGCAGAGGACAACAAAGUCACUGGAAAGAGCGAAACCACUGUCGAACGCAUCAACACCAUCACGGACGACUCAGCAAUCGACCCUGUCCUCACCGGUACCAAGAAGACGUAUUGGCAAGAGUUGAGUCUUUGGUCUGGCCGAGCGAACCACUCGUUUGUGAACCACCUGAUUAGACCAUUUCCUCUUUUGGCUUAUCCGUCUGUGGCGUGGGGGACGUUGUCAUUCUCUUGCGCUUUGGCGUGGUUGAUCGGUGCUGCCUCGCUCAGCUCCUUCAUCUUCCAAGUUGAGCCGUAUAAUUUCGGACCGGGCGUCAACGGUCUCGUUCAACUCGCUGGACUAAUUGGUAACCUGGUUGGGGCCUUCUUCGGUGGCCAUCUCAGCGAUGUCUACGUCCGCUACGUCGCCCGUCGCAAUGGGGGUCAAUUCUCUCCUGAAGCCCGUCUCGUCCUUCUCUGCUUCGGUGCUGUCGUCUGCCCCGUUGGCCUCUUAAUGUUCGGCAUCGGAGCCGAGAGACAAUGGCACUGGGCCGUCUUGUAUGUCGGAUACGGCAUGAUGAGCGUGAUGCCUAACCUCGCAGUCAUCGCCAUGACGUAUUCGGUUGACUCGUACUUCGAAGUCGCUUCGGAAGCCUUGCUCGUCAUCAAUGGCGUGAAGGCCGUUGCUGCUUUCGGGUUCAGCUAUGGCUUCAUCCCCUGGACGGCUGAAGCGGGUUACUCAAGUGUCUUCGGUGCGAUGGCGGGCAUCUGGUGGUUUUCCUUGCUCCUCGCUAUUCCCCUCUACAUCUGGGGUCCACAGAUCAGAAAAUACAGCACGGACAAUAUGAAGGUCAUCUUAUUCUAA